GUCACUUUCGUCAGACAAUAUCAAUUCCAUUAAAUACGUCAUUUAGGAAAACAAGGCGGAUCAUUCUUAAACACACAUCAUCGUGUCCCCCCUAGCGUGAUUAUUUAGACACCUGAAGAAACGGCAUCGUUUCAGGUCAUCUUCAUCAUCACCUCUCAAAAAAAAAACGGUAUAAAGACAGAACACAGAGACGCACGUAAACAAACUGUAAUAAAAAAAGGUUAACUGAUCACCGAGUCAAAGCUUUACGUCCCGACCGAACACCAUCUAGUUUUUAAAACUACAUCUUAAUUUACACUAAAUGCCACUGUCUCCGCCGCAUCACUGAUCCUCAACAUUCGCCGGAAAAUACUAAAAACGGUCGGAAAAUGGAGAAAAGUUCGAAACAAAAGAUGUCGGAGCUGUUAACAAAGCUCGGUGAUCGAGACACGUUCACAAUGGCGGCGAAAGAGCUAGACGUGAUGGCAAGAAACAUUGAUCCCACCUCCGGGAAUCUCCAGUCGUUCAUCUCCGUCGUCCUCUCCGCCGACUCCGGAGAUAAACCGGCGGUUCGUAAGCAUUGCAUCCACCUGCUCGCGGUUCUAUCCGUCUCUCUCCCUCCCAACUCCCUCUCUCCUCACCUCUCCAAGAUCCUAUCUCGCGUCACGCGCCGCCUCCGCGAUCCGGACUCAUCCGUCCGCUCGGCCUGCGUCGCGGCGGUGUCGGCGAUCGCGUCCCGGACGACGAAGCCUCCUUUCGCUUCGGCGUUCGUGAAGCCGCUGUCGGAGGCGCUUUUCACGGAGCAGGAGGUGAACGCGCAGAUCGGAGCGGGGCUGUGUCUCGCGGCGGCGAUCGACGCGGCGGAGGAUCCGGAUCCGGUUCGGUUAGGAACAACACUUUUGCCUAGGCUUGAGAAGCUGGUGAAGUGUAAUGCUUUUAAGGCCAAACCGGCCGGCGUUGCUGUGAUCGGAAGUGUGAUUGGUGCUGGUGGUGUUUCCGGAGCCGCCGGUGGAUUGAAAGGGUUGGUGGAUUGUUUAGUUAGUGUCUUGAGUAGUGAAGAUUGGGCGGCGAGGAAAGCAGCGGCUGAAGCUUUGGGGAGGUUGGCCAUGGUGGAGAGGAAUGACUUAGGAGAGUUCAAGGCUAAGUGUUUGAAGAUCUUUGAAGGAAAGAGAUACGAUAAGGUGAAAGCUGUGAGAGAGGUGAUGAAUCAGAUGAUGGAGGCUUGGACACAAGUACCAGAUUUGUCAGAGGAGGUUUCUCCUCCCAGAUCUAAUGCUUCUUCUAAAGGCUCUGGAGUUGCAUCAACACCUGCUAAACCAAGAACUCGUGAGGUUAAUAGAUCGACUCCACCGGGGAGCUCCAUCGCCACCGCGGCUAGGAGACGGACUAGUGAUCCGAAGAAUACAAGUUCAGUACCAUCACAUAUUAAAUCAAACGUAAGGAGGAGAUUGGAGUUGAAAGCUGGAGGAGGAGCUAGUGUUCCCAGUGGGGAACCUCUUCUUGAAAACGAAAACACAAAUGAAGCGAGUCAUUCUAAUCAUGAGAAGAUCCAGAAGCUAGGAAGUGUUGCUAGUUCUCUUACUGGUGAUCAUGUCUUGUCUGAAAACAAGAAUAGUAGUAGUCACUGCAAAGGGCUUGAAGAUAUGUCUCUGAUCCGUAGUCAGCUUGUUCAGAUUGAACAACAACAAUCCAAUCUAAUGGACCUCCUUCAGAGAUUUGUGGGAAGCUCACAACAUGGAAUGAUUAGUCUGGAAACUCGAGUUCAGGGCCUAGAGAUUGCGCUGGAUGAGAUAUCUUAUGACUUGGCGGUUACAAAUGGGAGAAUGAGUAACGGUUCAAGCAGAAACAACUGUUGUCUUAUACCUCCUGGAAGUUUCAUUACAUCCAAGUUCUGGAAGAAACCAGAUUCUAUGUAUUCAGCAUCGAGGCUGGCCACUUACAGAAAUAGAAAUGCCGAAACCAUGGGGAUGCAAGACUCGAGGAAGCGGUUUAAUGGAGCUACAGGGUUUAUAGUAAACCCAUUAGCUGAAAUUCGACCAGGCAAUGGAUCUGCAGAUCUGGCUCACAAUUAAUGGAAGAAGAGAAACACAAACUUCAAAGAUUCUGAGACUUGGAAACCACUGUGUAUGAGUAUGGUGAUUCAUACUAAUUACUAAGUUAUAUAAAUAUUACUACUACUCUAAGUUCACAGCCAUUUUCUGUUUCUUUUUUUCUUGAAAAUAUGUUCUACUAAAAUCCGUGAAAUUUUUUUAGAUUAUGUAACUGGCCUAACUUGUGUAAAUUCACGGGUUAAAUAAUUGAAGUAGUUGGCAACUGUUUUUCUUUCUCUAC